AUGUUCAGACUAUCGGCAAGGAGUACCUUGCUUAGAGCGGCCUGUGGCCCGUCUCCAGCAGUCGCAGCCGCAGCCGCAGGACGAGCUCAGCAAGCGUACCGCAACCUCUCAUCCUCAUCACCUCUAUACAAGGAAGAUGAGAAAGCUCCGGCAGCCACUAUCAAUGCCGAGGGCGGCUUGGCCCGUACCGACGACAGCGUGAGAGUCGAGUAUCCCACUGAUGCCGAGAUGCCACAGACGCCCAUAGUGCAGGGCCGGGGUGGUCGCCAUUUCAAGAGGACGCUGGCCUCGUUCUCGCUCGAAGGCCGAACAUCGGUAGUUACCGGCGGUGCUCGUGGAUUAGGGCUGGUUAUGGGCCAGGCAUUGGUUGCAUCUGGUUCGGAUCUUGCCAUUGUUGACUUGAACCAACAGGAAGCAGAGCUCCAGGCGAAGAAAUUGCUGGAACAGUUUGAAAAGGAGAACCCAGGCCUUGACCGCCUCCCCAAAAUCACCGCUCACUACGCCGACGUCGGUGAUCCCGAGUCCGUCACCUCCAGCAUCUCCAGGAUCCUCGCGGAACACACCAAGAUCGACCACCUGGUUACUUCGGCUGGCUUCACCGAAAACUUCGACGCCAUCAGCUACCCGUACGACCGUAUCCAGAAGCUCUGGAACGUCAAUGUCGACGGCUCGUAUCUGUUUGCGGUCGAGGUAGCAAAGCAUCUUAUGGAGCGCAAGGCUCCCGGCAGCAUGGUGCUGAUAGGAAGCAUGUCUGGCUCAAUUGUGAAUGUGCCACAGCCCCAGGCGCCGUAUAACGCUGCAAAGGCGGCAAUCCGGCAUCUGGCAGCUUCGUUGGCCGUCGAAUGGGCGGGUGCCGGUAUUAGGGUUAACUGUAUCAGUCCAGGAUACAUGCUGACCGCCUUGACUCGCAAAAUCCUCGACGACAACCCAGACCUUAACAAGAAAUGGACCUCGUUAAUCCCCCAGGGUAAGAUGGGCGUCCCGGAGGACCUGAUGGGUGCCGUCGUCUUCCUAACUAGCGAUGCGAGCAAGUACGUUACUGGCGCCGACCUGCGUGUUGACGGCGGGUAUACCGUCACCUAG